AUGGGUCAAUCUAUGAUGAAAUUGGCUCCUGGAAGUGAGCAUAACAAGGACAAAGAUAUAGCUGCUGCCAUUGAAGAAUGCUACGACAAGUAUUUCACAGACACUAACCAGGAACUGGGCUCAGCUGACUUCUACGCCGCUGUCUGCAAAACUGUCGAGGAGAUCAACAAGAAGCUCAAUAGCACACAGUUCCGAGUCCCCGACAAAGAGAAGCUCAAACAAGUCUACAAUGCUCACUACAAAGAUGACAGCAAGAACAAAAAGAAGAAGGCAUUGUCAAGGGAGGAGUUCCAAAAGGUGCUGGAAGAGAUCAUCAUCGGAGCAGGCUUCACGGGGUUUGGAUCGAAGAACAUCUUCCUCUACAUAUUCGGAGUCCCCGCAGCUGCCCUGUUCAUCAAACAAAGGAUAGCUCCAACAGCCGUCCCCAACGAUGUUUUCAUCCCGGGGAUCACAUCAGCCACGGUCUUCCUCCUUGCCAAACUCAACAAAAUAUGA